AUGCCGGCCAAGAUGCCUGUUAGCUACCCCUCCGAUGUCGAGGGUGCCAUCGACUCUAGAGAUAACAUGACCGAGUCUGGCUACGUUAGCGGUGGUUCUUCUAGUGAAGAAUACAUUCCUGAAAUCGUCUUCACCAAGCCCCAUCUCCAGUUUCUGAACCGCCAGCUGCAAUUCCUCGAGCCUCAGGACAUCUUGAAAUGGUGCAUCACAUCUCUCCCUCACCUUUUCCAGACUACUGCCUUUGGCCUGACGGGUCUCGUCACGCUGGACAUGCUGUCUAAGCUCGAGGUGCCCCGGCCUCAGAUGGUCGACCUCAUCUUCCUCGACACUCUUCACCACUUCGAAGAGACUCUGAACUUGGUCGACCGUGUCCGGAAGCGCUACCCUAACAACACCGUGCAUAUGUACAAGCCUGCCGGUGCUGAUGACGCCAAAGAAUUCGAGUCCAAGUAUGGCUCUCGCCUCUGGGAGGCUGACGACCAGCUCUACGACUGGGUCGCCAAGGUCGAGCCCGCUCAGCGUGCCUACCGCGAAUUGAACGUCCACGCCGUUCUCACUGGUCGCCGCCGCAGCCAGGGUGGCAAGCGUGGUGACCUUGACGUUAUUGAGGUCGAUGAGGCUGGCCUGAUCAAGAUCAACCCCAUGGCCAACUGGUCCUUCGACCAGGUCAAGCAGUACGUCAAGGAGAACAACGUUCCCUACAACGAGCUCCUCGAUCGUGGCUACAAGAGCGUCGGUGACUGGCACUCCACUCAGCCCGUCGCUGCCGAUGAGGACGAGCGCUCUGGUCGCUGGAAGGGCCAGCAGAAGACUGAGUGCGGUAUUCACAACCCCCGUUCCAAGUACGCCCAAUAUCUGAUGGAGAUGGAACGCAAGCGCCAGGAGGAGGCUCUCACUCAGGCGUUGCACAACCAGUUGUCCACUGCUGCCCAGUGA